UUAUAUUUCAUUUUUCUACAACAUAUACCAAAGAUUUACCAAAAGCGCUAACGUCAAUCGUGACCUCGGAAUACACUUCGGAUCUCCUCAUAAAUGUUUCCUCCACCACGUUAUUUUAUAUUACUUUUGUCAUCAAGUAUAGCUCAUUCAGAGUUAAUAUAGAAACUAUGAGGCAUCUAUUGGAACUACUUCAGCGCAUCUACAACGAGCUACGAGAUGAGAAUGAGAUUAAUAUCAUAAAGAAAUAUGGGCAGCUGUCGAGGCGGUACACGGCUGCAAUUAUGACAAUUGCUACGUUUACCAUUAUUCCCAUAAUCACGUAUUUAUUUUGUCCGCUCAUUCUUGAUAUCCUGCGGCCCUUAAAUGAGACUCGACCACAACCCUCGGUGGAAAUCAAAUACUUUGUUAAUAAAAAAAAAUAUUUCUAUCUGAUCAUGCUACACGCAAUAACAGCUUUUAUAGUGGGUGGGCUCGCGAUGAUAUCUACGGGUGCGAUACUCAUAGCAUUUCUGCAGCAUGCCUGCGGAAUGUUUCGAAUCUCCAGCUACCGUAUCGAGCACGCAAUGGCAAUCGGAACCGUACAAAGCGGCAAAGCGGAAAAUAACAAUAUGAUGUACAAGGAUCUAAUUUACGCCGUAGAUAUCCAUCGCAAAGCAAUGCAGUUCUCCGAUAUGACAAUAUCCAAAUUCAAAGUAUCGUUUUUCUUCUUAAUAAUCGCCGGUGUGAUCUGCGGAAGUCUUAAUUUAUUCCGAAUUUUUCAAGCGAUGACAGUCGGAUACAGUAAUGUCGGGAUGUUAUUAAUACCUCUUGUAUUCUUUGUUGCUCAUCUGAUCUAUAUGAUCGUGGGCAACUCUAUCGCGCAAGAUAUCAUGGAUCACAAUAACCACGUAUUCGACACUAUAUACGACGUCCGCUGGUACGUAGCACCUUUGAACGUACAGAAGAUGAUACUAUUCUUAUUGCAAAGAAGUACCAAAGUUUUUAGUCUGAAUAUUGGCGGGAUAAUCGUAGGUUCGUUAGAAAACGCCGUCACGAUAUUCAGCACCUCGUUAUCUUACUUCACCUUUCUUUACUCCACAUGGGACAAACGCGAGAUAUAAUACGAAAUAGGAUGAAUGUUAGCGGAAGGAGCUUAGGUACGUUAACGUUCUCGCAAGGAAAGGUCAAAGGGCAGCUCUUCAUAAAGAAGCUAACAAUGACAAAUGUCCUCUUUAUAUAUUUUGCGAUCUCAAAGAUAUAUAGAAAUUAGAAAUAUAGAAAUUAGAAAAUUAAAAAUAUUGUAAACGACCUAUAAACAUACAAGAAAACUUAUAAAACACUUGUAAAAAAAAUA